GUCUGCCGCGCACCACCGAGGCUGCGCAUUCCUCUGUAGGCGCGGCGGACUUUCCCGAGCAGACUGCCGCUGCGGCUCGAUUCGUUGUCAGCUGGAAACUGGAAAGCUGCGCUUCAGCCACGGUGUGUGUGGACAGGGGACGCGGGGAGAAAUGGAGCGCGGAGCUGCGCGUAAUCGGGGAGAGUGACGGACUGACAGGAGUUUGGUGUCAGUGGCCAUGGCCUGCUGGCAGUGGUGCCAGCGCACCUGUGUGUGCCUCAUGAGCGAGGAGGAGAAGAAGACCAUCGCUGUGGACAAAGAGAUCCAGAGGAUCCUCAAGCAGCAGAAGAAGAAGGAGAAGAAGGAAGUUAAAGUCCUCCUGCUGGGAACCGGCGAGAGUGGAAAGACCACCUUCAUCCGACAAAUGAGGAUCAUUCACGGGCGAGGCUUCUCAGAAGAGGAGAGGAAAACCUUUGCUAAAUGUAUCUUCCAGAACAUCUUCUUGGCCAUCAAGGCCAUGACCGGCGCCAUGACCACGCUCAGAAUCCCCUACUCGAACCCAGAGAACGAGAUGUUCGCCAAGUGGCUGCAGGACGUAAACACAGUGCAAAUCACCCAGCUGGAACGGGGCUACGUGGAGGCGAUUCGCCGCCUCUGGGCAGACCCGGGCAUCCGUGUCUGUUACAGACGCCGCUGCGAGUACCAGCUCCUGGACUCCACAGAGUACUACAUGAGUAAUCUGGAUCGCAUCGCCGUCCAAGACUACAUCCCCACAGAACAGGACGUGCUGCGAGUUCGAUUCCCCACCACAGGCAUCCACGACUAUUCCUUCACCAUCAAGCCCGUCACGCUAAGGAUUGUGGAUGUGGGCGGUCAGAAAUCAGAGCGUCGGAAGUGGAUACACUGCUUUGAAAAUGUCAUCUCCCUCAUCUUCCUGGCCUCCCUCAGCGAGUAUGACCAGGUCCUCGAGGAGAGAGAUGACAUAAACCGAAUGGAAGAGAGUCUGGCUCUUUUCUACACCACCAUCCAUUCCCCCUGGUUCCUCAAAACCUCCAUUAUCCUCUUCCUCAACAAGACUGACAUCCUGGCUGACAAAAUCCAGACCUCCGAUCUGCAGAAAUACUUCCCCGGCUUCACAGGUAAGAGGCAAGACCCUGAGGAAGCCAAGAAGUUCAUCCGUAAGAUGUACGAGCAGCAGGCGAGGAAACGUGACCAGACGGUGGAGUGGAAGACUCUUUACCCGCACUUCACCUGCGCCACCGACACCAACAACAUCCGCAGGGUCUUCAACGAUGUCAAGGACACGGUGCUGCUCAAAUCUCUUGAGGAAUAUGGAAUCAUGUGAACUUUUACUUCGUUUAAAAUUGUUGGCUUGUAUGAGUGGAGGCUCUGAUGGACACCAACGAUUCUUUCUAAAGUCCGGACAAUCAUAUCUCCUCCUCCUCUUCUCACUCAUCACACCUUGAAAGAAGCAGGUGCAGAAAGAGAUUGUACUCGCUGCCACACUCUCUCCUCUUCCUCUCAAGUAGAAAACAUGAGAACGUUUUGGGAGGACUCGGCAGGGAGACACAACAAGACUGGGUGACUUUUCAUCAGGGAGAGAAGAUCCAGUCCUUCUUCUCAGCCAACAGCUUUUCUGCCCAUUUAGAUUUUGUCGUUCUUUUUGUUUGUUUGUUUUGGUUCUUAUUUUUCUUCAGAGUUUAGAGUUUGAGUCAUGCAGUGACUGAACGAUUCCAUAAUUGAAGAAGGAGCAGAAAUGCUAUGAAGUGCUGUGCUGCCAUUAACAGAGUAACAAGUUGUACAAGAGAAGAUGGGGCCACCACCAAUGUCACACACAUUUUAAAUGCUUUAUUACCAUCAAGCGAAGCACAUGCUUGCACACACUCCCACACAUACAGCAAAAACACAAAUGCUUCCAUCAUGUCCUGUGUAUGGCAAAACAUAAGGUCCAAACUACUCCGCUCUUUAUCCCCACAUAGUUCAAUUGUUUAGGCCUGGAGUUGGCCCACACUGAACACAGUCAUCAGGCGCAUGUACCGCAUGGAAUGAUGGCACUUGGGUGGUCUGCUCCUGUUUGGCAGAUCUUUGUCAAAAGUAAGUCCUUGCAAUACUGCGUUUCAACCAAAGGUGCUAAAAUUUGUUUUGUGCUAUUAGGGUCAUAUUCACUAUUUACCACAUGGACCCCUGUAGGUUCACAUCCAGAUUACACCUUUCUGAGAGCAUUGCAUGUUUGCCAUGUUUGACAAGAAGGCCAGAGGUCAUUGCCUGAUCCACAUUCGGAUACUAUCUGGGAUCCUGAACUGGUGGAUUGUCUCUGUGUCUGUGAUUAAUGCCACCAGAGUUGAUUGUCCAAAUCCCCAUUGAUUAUAGUUAAAUUGAGUCUCCUUUUAUUCACCUCCAGUCUUUGCUUUACACUGUUACUGUAAAAGUUCACACAUUCUUUCUGUGUUAAACGGUUUACUACAUUAAGUCCUGUGUUACAUGUGGGCAAACUGAAGGCUGUCUGCUCUAAACUGGAUGGAUAUGCAUUGCACCUGUAAAUGGUUCCACAGACCGUACAGGCAGUGAGUCACAAAGAAAACAAGACAGAAUCACAAUAGAUGUGAUGCGAUGUGUGAUAAAUCCUCCAGGAAAUAUAUACAUAGCUUUUUUAAAGUUUUACGUAUAAGGAUUUUACUUUAAAAUGAACGUCACCUUUGAACUAAUGAAUUAGCUUAUCUUAGCCAAAGUUAAAAUGUGCUGUAAAGCAGAUCAUCACUGUUACAGGAGGCAGAAAUUAUGUUCCCUUUCCUGUUUGCCUAGGGUGUCGCUACGAUGCUAGUUCCUACCUUGUUUAGCUUGCUAACUAGCUGCAGCUCCACAUGCUGAUGUGUUACCUCGUUUCCCUCCCUCGGGGAACAUUGGUUGUAUGCAUAACCUCCAUCUUUGGUGGUUAAGAGAUCCACUUGUUCAUGGCUCACACCUGCUCUGGUGCUCAAGACACUGAGCUGCAGCCUGCAGUUACUGAAAUGGUAACAGAGGGAAAGGGUCCAAAAAACGCCAUGAAGUUGAAUUGAAUUUUAAAUUUUUGUAAAUUUGUAUUGCCUAUUACUUUUUUAAAGAAUGGAUUAAAUCAUGAGACAAUUGAGUUGCUCAUACUGACAAACUACCUUGUUUUUGGUGCAAUUUUCUGGCCAGCAAACAAUGUUUUGGUACAAGAAGCAGUUUUGAGCUCAAAAGUUCUUUCACCCACUUUACAUUGUCUAUCCAGCACCAAAUGUGAGUCACACUCCGUUAAAGAUGAGCCUGUGAACGGGCUGAGACCAAAAUAGAGCUAAAAAGAGUGUCCAGAGCUUCUUAUCACACUAUACAAGUCACCAAAAAAAAAUAUGUUAAAGUGCUGUAAGGUCUAUUUCUCAGUGACUCUGAAAAAAGUCUGUUCAGAACUUUUAAACAACCAGUUUCCCUACAGCAAUGGAGCCAACAGCAGCUUUUUAACAGUGCGAUUUUAAUGCUAUAUCAACUACUGCGUUUUAAUUUGAAAUUGAUUGCUGAAUCUGUUGUCUUUGCUUUCAGCUGAGACAAGAUAUUAUUCGAACAAUCUGCAACAACUCUGCAACCAAUGCUUCCUGUGUCCAGCGGGGCGUGUUUACCUUCCUGUUUACACCAGCAUGUGCAUGCACGUGAGGGGUCACUUGAUAUGUUACCUUUUCAAGAAUAUUUGUGUGGGCAGGGAUUAAAACUGAUACAAAGCCUAAGAUCGUUGUAGUCGUCUGGAUGUAGCCUAGUCGAGCCUCUGAGCUGAGUCUGAGAGGAUUCUGCACCAGUUCCUUCAUCUGUCUUUGGCCAAUUUUUUCUGCCAGCCCAGAAGAAAAAUAAGACACUUUAUUAAAAUCAAUACCAUCAAUUCAAGCUCUAAUCACACUUGGUGGCUGACAGGUUUUAAAAGGUCACAAAUAAAAAAAAAAGCGAGACUGAGAGAACAGCUCCAUUCAUGCUGCGAGUUCAAUCAACAAUGGUGGGCAAAAAAAAUCUGCUCUGCUGGCUAAAGGGUAAAGAAUAUUAAUAUGAGGUGGCAGUGUGAUCUCCUUGUGUGUCCUAUUUAUAUCAGUGUGUGGAGAGGGGAAUUUUAUAUUGGUCCGGAGCUUGAGUUCUACCCUUGUGUGCGUCACUGAGUGUUGAGUGUGUGUUGAGUGGAAAAUGACAUUGAAAUUUAGUAAAUUAACUGACCUUGAUGGGAAGCUAAUAUUAGUUCACAAUGUGUCUGUGACGAGGUUCCGGCUGCUGUUUUGUUGAUUGUACAUAACAUGUUUUGAUCUCUACACGGCUGCUUCAUGUAUGCAGAUGUGGUAGCUACGUUGUUGAAUCUUUAUGAUGCCUUCAAACACAAUUGUCUGAUUUUACUGUACAUUAACUGAUGACUACUAUACUUUUGAUUGAUUUUUAACUGUUGUAUCUUAAAAUAUUGUUUACCAACAGCACAUAAACUGUGACUAGAGAAGGUGUUUGCUAGUGAACUACUUUGUUUUGCAAUGGGAGACCUCCUCUCAUACGGUGACAGCAAAUAUUUUACUGUAGAUUUGGGUGAAGGACGUGGGCAAAUAUGUAUUUUUCUAGCUAACAUUAAAAACAAGCGUCUGUACACGCACUCAUC